GGUUAUGAUAAAAUAAUAUAUUUGGGCAACAUUAUCUGUGGACAGCCCUAGCUGAACGCGGGACCUUGAAGCCCAAAAUGUCGGCUUACGGAAGCUCUCAGAUCGGUGCUGGCCCUUCUUCGGCCAAUGCUGUGCCCGGGGAGCACGUUUUAGAGCAGUUUAUGACCGAGGUGAAGGAGAUUGAGGUAAGAGACUCCGUUCUGACCUCCAAACAGCAGAUCGACCGUCUCCUCAGGCCAGGAGCAACCUACUUCAACCUCAACCCUUUUGAGGUGUUACAGGUAGAUAUAGAUGCUACACCUGCUGAUGUAAAGAAGAGGUACAGACAGUUGUCCAUCCUAAUACAUCCUGACAAGAACCCAGAUGACCAUGACAGGGCAGAGGCAGCUUUCGAUGCUGUCAACAAGGCCUACAAGAUGCUGGACAAUGAGGAUGCCAAGAGGAGAUGUAUGGAUGUGGUGGAGGAGGCCAAGGCACAUGUGGAAAAUAGGAUAAAAGAGAAGAGGAAACAGUUGAAGAAGGAAGGCAAGUCCAGUACAGUAGAGGAGGAUGACCCUGCUAAGUACAAGCAUGCCCUGUGGGUGAUGAUGUGUAAGCUGUUUGCAGACAGGGAGAGGAAGAGGAGGGAAACAGAACAGAGGGAAGCUGACUUAAGAAAACGAGCAGCAGAUGAGGAGGCAGAGGAAGUGGAGAAAGCCAAACGGCAGAAGGAGUGGGAGAAACAGUGGGAGGCCAAGAGAGAAGAGCGUGUGGACAGCUGGAGGAGUUGGCAGCAGACCACCAAACCUAAACCUGAGAAGGAGAAAAAGGCCAAGAAAGAGAAGAAGCCUCCUCGCAUGUUCAAACCUCCCAAACACAAGAUGGAACAACGGUAGUAUCCGCUGUAAGACGUCUCAAGUCUUUCUAUCUUUCUAAGGAGAUUUUCUGCCAGGACAUGUGUUUGCUAUUGUUCUAGUGCCUGUGGCCAUUUCUGGUGAUACUUUUGUAGACGACAUUUGUACCUCCCCAUAGUGUAUAAAAGUAAUCCUAGCGUCAACACCACUGCAUCAUGUGGUGAGAGCUAACAAAAAGAAAAGGCCCUCUAUAACUUUCUUUAACCGUUUUUGAGAUUUUUUUUUUGUUAUUUCCAACGUUUAACCAGGGCUUGUAAAUACUGAUUUGGCCAAUGCAAUUAAAAGCAAUUUGAAGAAAUUUUGGCUUUAAGCCAAGCAACAAUUUAUGGCCUGGGGCCAGGAAAAAUGUCUUGAUUUAAGUAUCUUGAAUUUGCUGUAAGAGCCGGUAAUCAUUUUUGAACUGUUAAAAAAAAUUAUGGUGAAAACCCAGCUGAGCUGCCGAGACUACACGGUAACAGUACUAGAGGUUAAACAGUCAUAGUCAGUCUUUGUUGUUUAAGUUAAUUUAAACAAAACCUUGGCUAUGUAUUACAAGUAUAAUUACGAUCAGGGUUGGACAAGUCCACUAGCCCGAUUGUCCUGGGCAAGUGAAAGUGCUGAUCAGGCAAGCACAUGACCUACACUAAGAUUUUUGCAUGAGUGAGGUUAUGAUGUACUUUUCACACUUUUCACAGUCAUGGCAUCAAGCAUUGGUCAACACAGAAAAAUAGAGCCAAUGAUAAAAAGAACUCCUUUGCUGGAAGUGAAAAUACGCAGAAAAAUGUCAUUUUGAUUUCCUACAAGUGAAAUGUUGGUUUGGUGUUUGGAUUUUUUAUGUACUUGCCCGAUAGGACAAGACAUGAGUUUUAGAAAACUUGUCCAACCCUGCACUAUGCUAACAAAUGUUGAGUAGUCAGUAAUAAUAGUAAACUUCAGGUUUUGUCCCUGCCAACAAAGACUAUCUCUAAGGUCCUACCUCGUAGCAUGUAAUGUGUGUCUUUUUCAGAACUGAAGCAGGUUUUAUAUUAGUUUUGCACAUACCAAUGUCAAUGAGUGAAAUCAGGGGGGGGGGGUAGGCCAUUAAAAAAACCCUCUCCAACAAAAGACAACAAUAUCCUAAGUCAAAAGCUUUACAUUAAAAUCAACCCACAGCAUGAAUGCAGGACUGUAUUCAUGCAAAGCAAAUUAGAUCAUGACUGUUAUAUU